AUGACAGUGACAUGGGGUAAAACGCCUCCUAGUAGGCGUUUAGCCCCAAUGCUGGGGUGCGGCAGUGACCAAAGUGAAAUUCAUAACUCCCAAUUUUUAGGUGACAGGAAUAACAGGAGCUAUAACGAAACUUCCCCAAAUUUUUUAAGUGACAGGGCUGGUCCUACGGAAAAUAUUUUAGAUUCCAGGUAUCAGGCCAAAAGAAUAGGUGCAGAAUGGUUCAAAAGGAUGAAGAAGUCGAACACAGUCCUUCGUCUGGCGACCAUGGGAAGUCAAUGCAUCGUCGGCCGAAUGUUUAUUCCAGAGGUUAGGAACAUGCAGGAUAAAACAGAAGAUAGGAUGAAAGCAGUGGGGCGGCAAAUGAACUCGCUUCGUCAAUCGCUUGACGUUCUUCGAGGCUAUGGGGUAAGGCAAACUGUUCCUCAAGUCAGGGGUGAAAAGGUGGGUGGAUUUUCUAAACUUACUUCAAUCAUGAUAUCAGACCACGUGUCAGAAAUUAUCAUGGGUUUAGAUUGGCUGGUAAAUAAAAAAGUUUCAUGGAAGUUUGACGAAGCACGGGUUACCGUUGGUAACAAAAAUAGAGUAGUGAAGUUGGUCACUAAAGGAUUGUCAAAUGGGCGACUGCGCCGAAUCUACUGUGUGAAAGUGCAAAUUCCAACACGAGCGGAAUUAGAUGUACUGACAAAAUUGGUGAUAUGCCAGCCAUACAAAUUAACAUUGACAUUAUGGGCCAGAGUGAAAAAUAAGUUAGAUCAACAACCUCAACAGGAGAAUCUAGCUAACAUCAAAACUAUAAUUGACGAACUGACUAUGGAUGCCCCCGAAGAAGGAAGGCACAAAUUAUCUGAAUUAUUAAAUAAUUUUGUUGACGUAUUCAGUGAUACAUGCACAGAAAUUGGAGUUGCAAAAGGGGUUUAUCAUAGGAUCAACACAGAGCAUGCCCGACCGAUAAAGCAACAACUCAGACGAUAUCCCCCAGUACAACGAAGGAAACUGGCACGCGAAGCCAGGCGGCUAGGGAGUGGGCAGACCAAAGCGACCACGAAGCCCAACGAGACGAGUCGCCAGUCAAUUACAGAACUCACAGGCGGAAUAAGCCCGUUCGGUUCCUGGCAUGUUAGGUCAUCUGGUAAUUGGUGA